AUAAUAAUAAUAAUAAUAAUAAUAAUAUUAAUAAUAAUAGUAAUAAUAAAGAACUUAACAUUUUUCAAGCGUAAAUUGCUGCAUAUGAUGACAAAAGAUGAUGCGGAAGACACUGAAGAUACUGAUGAUAAUGUGAAUGAGAAGCUGCCAGAGUAUAAGGUGGCGAGGAUAAAAUAAAUCACAAACGCAGCAUUAUGUGACCGCUAUUUAGAUUACACAAGGUAAAAGAUGGCAGGAAUAUCACGGUUGUCUUGAAUGCAGGAAAAAAAUAAUAAUAAUACAUUACGGAACUCCCUACCUGACUGAAAGAAGCAUCAAGACACUUCAAGAACAAAACUGGUUUUACUUUCAAAAUCUCUUAUAUAUAACAUUUUUUUUUUUAGAAGCAGAGGCAUGUUAACCAGUCUUUUCUCUCUUUCUUUGUCUCCCUGUCCUCAUUCAGCGAAGCAUUAGACACCUCCAGGGACGAAACUGGUUAAACUUUCAAAAUCUAUAUCUAAUAUUUUUGGGGAAGAGACAUGUUAACCAAUCUUUUCUCUCAUUCUUUGUGCCAGACUUCUGUCCAGACUCCUAACACGUCAAACUAAAUAAAUAAAACAGUAGUGACUCGCAGCAUCUAGCGGGGACAAGCUAAACCCGCGUAACGCCACUUGAGGCCAGCGUGAGGGAAAACGGAAGAAAACGAAUACAGUCUCUGUCAUCACUGAAGUGGAGGUGCACUGUCCAUCCUCUGAGUAGAGGAAAGCAGAACGAUAUUUGAGCAGAGCAGCAACAUUUUUAAGCAGUUCGUUACCUCACAAGGACUGUUUCCAAAGGUCACGUCCUGUUUCUGAGUAGCGGAAAGCAAAUCGAAAUUUUAGCAGAGUAGUAACGUUAGGGAAGAAAGGAAGGAAAGAAAGGCCUGUAUUCUUAACCAGUUCGUUCUCUCAUAAGGACUGUUUUCAAGGGUCAGUCCUACGUUUAUCUUCUCAGCAGCGGGAGACAAAUUGAGUCUUGAUCAGAGCAGCAACGUUAGGGAAGGCAGUAAAGAAGGAAAGAAAGAUAGAAGGAUCCGUAUUCUUAAGUACUUUGAUCCCUUAUAAGGGCUGUUUUCGAAGGUCAUAGAGAUGAGAAGUCGAGUUUUCAUAGGUAUUUCUUUCUGAUGACGCAGAAUUAUUAUUAUUUUUUAAUUACCAUGUGCUAUACAAUCAUGAAGACACCCUUGAAAAAUUCCAAUAACUUUCAUUUGACAAGAACCUGUUGAAAUGAUCGAGAUAGCACGCUGGAACUUUUGAGAAUGCGGUCCAGGAAGGAAAACAGUGAAUGAAAACAUUCUAGUAUUUCUAAAUAUUCAAAAGGAAACAUAGUGCUGGCGUGUGUUAGUCUUAUUAUCAUCAACUUGACGCGGGCUUGAGAAUUCAGCAAGACCAAUAAUUGAAGGCAAGAAGGCGGUGAAGGUAGCAAAGAUGACAAAACGAAGGCAGAGAAAGCACUCCUUGUACUCAUAACUUCUGGGAAGCGAGAGGCGUUUAAAUGACGGAAACGAGAAAAGUAAGAACCGGUACUGAGCACUCAGUAAGCUCCACUGAGACUCAGCAGGAAGCGGAGAAAGGGAAAUGACAUAGAGUUGCACAUUGAGCUGCAGAGUGGCUGACAACAAUAAGAUGAUCAAAUAAGAACAGUGACUCAGCAGUGAAAUUCGGGGAGAAGGAAACAAAAAGGAAAGCAAGAAAUAUUUACUCAGCAGUGAAAUUCAGCAAAAAAGGGAUCCUAAAAUUUAGCUCACAACAAUAAGCAUAACAGAAAAACAGUGAAACCCAGCAGUAAAACUCGGCGGAAGGGAAACGAGAUUUAGCCCACAACAAAAAAACGAGAAACAACAGUGAUUCACUCAGCAGUAAAACUCAGAAAGUUGGGAAAAGAAAAUCUAGCUGAUAACAAUAAGGCGAGAAAGAACAGUGAAGCCCAUCAGUGAAAGUCAACAAGAAAGAAAAAAAUACUUGAUAUCAAAAAGAGAAAAUCGAACAGUGAAACCCAAAAGUGAAAAUCAACAAGAAAGGAAAAAAAAAAGGAAAGCAAAAUUAAACUGAUCACAAAAAAAGACGAGAAAGAACAGUGACUAAGCAGCGAAAUUCGAUAGGAACUUCAGAAAACUUACUUAGUCACAGAAAUACGGGGAAAAAAAAAACAGUGAAACCAAGCACUAAAAAUCUAAAGAAAAAAAAGAAAGAAAGAAACAACGAACAGAAAAAAAAAGAGAAAAGGAGGAAGUAGUGAAAUCCAGCUGUGAAAAUCAGAAAACGCAGAAGACGACUAACAGAAAAACGGCAAGAGAGGAAGCGUGCGUGUGUCAUCGCUUGACAUGCAGAGGAGGCACUGAGGAAGAUUGGCAACCAUGUAUAUGAAUACCAGGGCUAAUCUGGACUACUGGUCUACUGACAACUGCUGCCUGCGAUGGUCUUUGAGAACUGGAGCCAUCAUUAUCGGAUUCUUCUCUUUGGUCUGGCAAGCUCUGAUGGUGAUUACCGGGGUGAUGAUGCUGGUGAAAUGCCCUGUCAACACCACCACCACCAUCACCACCACCAUCACCACCACCAACAUCACCCUGACGCUGCUAAACGACACCCUUACUGAUGAGGUCGUUUUGGACACCAGUAAGCUUCAGGACGACUUGAAGGAGGGUGAUAAGAACGUCAAGUGCCUAGUGGGGCCUGGCACUGAUGUUAGUGGCACUGGAGGUGACAAGCAGGCCCCAUUUAUGGACAGUGGCAGUGGUAACGCUGAUGCAGUGGAGAGUAACAGCAGUGCCAGCAGUAACAGCAGUAGAAUCGAGGGCCCUGACGGCAACAGUACUGCUGUCACUAACGACACGAAAAUGUUUUUGAUAGAGUGCCCGUGGUUGCCUGACCCAGAGACAGAAGUGCUGGGAGUGUACAGUGAGGAGAAAUUAAUCCUGGUGGCGGGAAUCUUCAUCGCCUAUUCUGGCGUUUACUUCAUCCUGUCCUUCUGCGUGUUGGUUGGUGUCUUCACGAGCUCGGUAACGUUGCUGCAAGGAUGGGUGGCGUUCACGGGUUUCCACAACCUACUGAUCCUGGCUACACUCCUCGUGCCGCUUCCUUUCACCACCCUGACGCACCUCUUCCUCUCCAUCGCCUACUUCAUCCUCUCGCUGUACACGUGGGCGGUGGUCAAGUCUUAUAUGCACGCCCUCAAGGUGGAGCUGAACAAACCGCUGCUCCCUGAAGGUUCCAUCACGGAUUACACAGUAGAUGGAGUGGAUGUCACGGAAAUACCAGUGCAAGUGUAAACAGGAGACAAGUGAUUUGGAAGUUGUGACGUCGAGCAUAGUUUAUUAAUCUCUCUGUCUGUCUGUUUAUUUAUCCGUCUGUCUGGAUGUCUGUCUAUCUGUGUGUCUAUCUAUGCAGUAUAACGGUAAGGGUGUCUGUUUAUUAAUAUGUCUGUCUA